CAACAACUACAAGUGAAAAUUAGUAAGAGUAGUAGAUACACAAGACUAACUAAUUCAGGAUGAAAAUACAUCAAGCUUCAUUUAAAAAUGAGUAAACACAAGCAAGUGUUAUUUAUGUCACUUUUCACUGGCUAUCUGACUUUAGUCUACAUUCGGCAGUCUGUCUCAUUUGCAGCCCCAGUCAUUGCGGAAACAGAACAUUUGAAAAAUAGUGAUCUAGGUCUGAUUGUCAGCAGUCAACAGUUGGGGUACACAUUUAUUAAAUUUGUUGGCGGUGCUUUGGCAGACAUUCUUAAUCCUGGUCUUACAUUUACUGCUUGUCUUUUGCUAACAGGCUUGACAUGCGCUGCAUUUACAGCUGUUUCAUCAGUCACAUACUUUGUUAUACUAUGGUUUCUCUGUGGUAUGGCUCAAGGCCCUGCGUGGUCAGCCUGUGCUGUUCUAUUAAAACAAAAUUUCCCAGCAGAUCAGUUUGCCACAUGGUGGAGCAUUUUGUCCACGUCUGCUAAUGUGGCAGGCACGGCUGGACCAUUUAUAUCUCAGUUCAUUGUCAGCUACACCAGCUGGAGAAUGUCAUUGCUGUUAGCUGCUACAAUGUCAAUAGGACUAGGAGUUGUAUUUUUUCUUUUUGUACACAAUUCUACUGAAGAGCAUUUAGUAGAAGAAAGCGAAAGAAAAGAUAAAGCUAAAAGUUUUAACAUAAAGGCACUUGCCAACCCACUUUUGAUGGCCAUGUGUGUGAAUUAUCUUCUUGUGUCUGUUAUACGAGGAGCUUGCAAUGAUUGGGGACAAAUGUAUCUUAUAAAAAAUAAAGGACAAUCAUUACUUGCAGGUUCAAGUUUCAUCAGCAGCCAAGAAAUUGGUGGUAUUGUUGGAUCUCUGUUAACUGGUUACCUCUCUGAUUUUUUAAUUACAAAGGGGACUAAAAAUGCAAAAUCAAGACUCAAGAUAGUUGUUUUUCUUACCAUUUUACAAUCGGCUGGGCUGUACUGUUUUAUUUUUUAUACAAGUCCUGAAUCUUCUCAGUUCUGGACCAAUAUUUUUGGCUUUUGUGUUGGUUUUGGAAUGUAUUCAUCUAUAUCUCUUCUGGGUGUUUCAUCAAUGGAAACAGCACCACCAAAUCUUUCUGGCACUGCUCAUACUUUAGUUACCCUAGGAGGAAAUUGUGGUCGUGUGUUAGCUGGUUACCCUCUGAGUGCUGUGGCCACAUGGAUGUCAUGGCAUGAAAGUUUUAUCCUAGUUCUCCUUGCUAGCUGUGUGUCUAUAGGCACAUCAGUCUUGUGUGUUCGACUUGUGCCAGAGCGAGAAUCUGAUAUAGAGGAGAAGACAGAUUAGAACUGUCUUAUACACUUUCACAUUUUGAUGAAAAGUAUCCAAAAAGCUGAGACACAAUUAUAAAAUUAUUUAUUUAAGUCAUUUUAUAAAGCUUUUAAAUUUUAGAAAAUUAACAUAAUAUGCCUUUCAUUAAUCAGUCUCACUAAAAAUAUAUUUAGAAACUUUGUUAACUUUAAUUCUUUUUAGCAAAUAAUUGUAAUGCAAUAACCAGUCCUUUUUUUUUAUAGUUUAUCCUUGGUGCUUCCAAUAUUACAAUCAUGAAUAUGUAAAAAAAUCUUUUACACAGGCUGUUAAUUAGAUUAUUUUUAUACUUUUCAGGUACUAUUGUUGUUGAUCUGUUUUUGUAUUAUUGGUACUUGAAUAUUUAUUCUGUGGGAAUCAACAAUUUUACACAAAAUUUACAUGUGAAUAUAAAUUUGCAAUUGUCUAGAUUAUGAGUCAUGCAUGAGAUGUGUCUUAAAUACAACUUAAAUAAUUCUGUAUGGUAUUUUCUAUAUCUAAGUGUUAAGUAUGAUAGAAUCAAGAUCUGUUAUAAAACUUUAAUUUAUGUAUUAGCCCUAUCCAUAUAUUUACAAUCGUUUCUAGCCCUAAUGCUUCCUAAAAGGGUUUUAAAUGUCAUUAAAUGUCAUUUAUUUCUACUUUUCUGAAGAACAAAAUUUUAUUUUAAAAAGUCUUUGUAAAGUAUAAAAAAAGAAUCUCAUCUAUAAAUCAGUGUUUACACCAAGUGUCCUUAAAACCACUUAUUUUGCAAUUACCUGUGAUGAAAAUACCGGUACUAAUAUAUAUUAAUAAGAUGCAUAUCAUUUAACUUUGUUUUUCUAUUAACUUCCAGCCUAGUUGAAUGGUAGACCUCACAUGGCUAACUUAAAAGCGUUGUCUACCUGUCUUAAUUAAAGUAAGUCUACUUAAAAAGCUUAAUACAUAAAGUUCUUCAGACUUUUCUUCCAAGUAUUAAGAAAGGGUGCCAUAUUUAUUUGGAAAAAUAUUGACCACUAACUGAAAGAAUUUUAACAAUGUCAUCUUCUUAGUUUAGAUUUAUAUCUAAAUUAGAGAAUUAGUACUAACUUUAAAUUACCUAAACAGAACAAAGGCAAAUUUAACAUUGUCUUUGUUUUAGCAACUAUUUUUUACUUUUUCCUAUGGUGUCUGUAUGUUCUAAAUAUAAUACAAAACUGAUACUAUUGAAAUUGAUAUUUACAAUGUUAAUUGAAUUAAUGCUGGAGAAGUUAGCUUUAUUUUUGAUGCUGAUAUUUGUUACUCCUUUUAAAAAGAGUUAAUGGAUUAAAUAUAAAUAAACUGUGAUUUCUAUUUCUAUAAAAAUAACAUUUUUUUUGCUAGCAUGCAUUUGACACAUUAACUCUAUUGUUGCUACUAUAAAUAUAAACAAGUAAUUAAAUUUCAUAUUUCAAUCAAUUAUGACUAUAUCUAACAUUUUGGCAGCCCCAUGUGUCUUGGACACACAUGGGAAAAGUUGAUCUGACAUUUUAUUCUUUCAAUUCCAUUAUUUUUUAAAUCGAUACUUAUGGAAAAAAAACUACUGGAUAAAAUCAAAGGGUAGUUGUUUUUUUUAAAAUUGCUGUUAUUAAUUUCCUAUUUUAAGUUUUUCCAGUACAUUUUGUGAUGAAUGAUGUAAAAAAAAAAGAAUUUUUAAAGGUGCAAUAAGCCGUUAAAGAACAUUAAAAUUUGUAUUGAAAUAUGUCUACAUUUGUGCCAUCAACAAAAUAUUACAUUGUAAAACUGACAAUGAGAUCUAUGUCAGUUACCAACAUUCUGUCUUAAAAUAAAAUAAACA